AUGGCAGAAGAUGGCCCAUCGCGCUUUCGGGGUGCUGGGGUGGCCAUCAAUCGUUCGUUUGAAGCCCGCAUGAAGAAGUUAGAGAUUACAGGACAGCGAUGCCCACAGGCCAAGCCGCCAAAUCCGCAUGCCCUCAAGAAUCGCCCAUCCUUGCACCUGGAUGAGGCAGAGAUUCCGAAUCCAACCGCAGACCAAGUAGUGGUCAUACAGCCCUGGUUCAACUUGCUGGCAGCUGCGGUGUGGCCGGAUAGCUCCAUGCAAGGCUCCCGGGACGAGGUGAGUCACUGGAGCCAAUCACUGAGCCAUGAGCUCUCUGGCCUGCGCACGCCCAGGACUAUCAGCCGCUGCCUGCCACAGACUCCUGGAGAGAGUCGUUUGGACAGUGCCAGUACAGAGACGCGGCCUCCAAGUUCCCAGGCCCCGAUGCUUCCUCGACCAAAACGGCCGGAGCGCGCGGAAGGAGCUUUGGAGGCGACUGUUUGGCCAGCUGGUUCGGCACGAUGGCGCCGUCUCGAGCGUCUGGAUCUUGUGAAGCCUCACACAAGCCCCGGCCAGCUAGAAAGUGCCAGCGAUGCACAAAACGCGCGGCGUGACGUGCCUCGGAGCAGCGACGCUUUCCUUGGACCUGUCGACUUGGAGUCUGAUGGCGAGAGCGAACCGGCCAAGUGCUCGAAUUCCAAACCGCGGUCCGCUGGCUCGGUGCGCUGCUGGUGGCAGCUGUGA